AUGAACGCCCCGAUCACUUCACCGAUGGGCUCGCGCACCGUUUCAACGGCCCCUUUAUCCUCGUCACAACAGUCGUCCCCCACCAAUGCCAUGGCACAGCCCGCGGCACCGCAGCCUCCCGCGCAAGCGCAGCCCGGGCUGCCAACAUCGCCCUCCACCGACGCCUUCCUCAAGGACUUUACUCUCGUCGCCGAGGCCGCCAAGAGGGCGCAGGUCGCUGUCAUGGUUCGCGACUUUGAGAGCUGCGGCCUAUGA